AUGUGGGAGCCCCUGCCCCUCUGCCUGCUGUCCGGUCUCCUGGCUACAGGGAGCGCUCUGCUAUGCGAGGUGUGUGAGUCCAAAGAAGAAUCAUGCUUCUGUCCCCUGCAGCUCUUUGCCCCUUUGGAAGGGACCUGCCUCAUCGGUGUGGCAGGGUUCAGCGUGGGGGCAAACUCCUUCUCCUACAUGGCUAAGUCGUGCCUGGCACCCGAGAGCUGUGAGCCCAGCCCCUUUACGGUGACCUACCAGCACAAUAUCACCGUGCGGGUGAAUAUCACCUGCUGUGACACCGAUGGCUGCAAUGCUGGGGUCAUCCCAGUGCCAGCUGUGAGCCUCGUCCCCAAUGGACGGCAGUGCCCAUCAUGCUACUUCGUGGGGGCAGAUCGCUGCGAGGACAUGGAGCCUUUACCCUGCACUGGAGCCAAGGAUCAUUGUGUUGAGUUUGCCGGCACAUUAACAAUGGGUGACAUCACCAUGACGAAGGCUGCGGCUGGUUGUGGCUCCCCUGGUGGCUGCAUCAAGAGAGUGGGGGUGAAGAAGUACAUCCAGAUCCUGGUGGACAUGCUGAGCUGGGCCGAGUGCUACCCAGCUCCCAGGGCCGGUGGGGAGCUGUGA